GCGCGCGCUUCUAAUACGAACGACGGGUGGCGCGACCAGAACAGGCAAAAUAGCCUUAAGAAAUAAAUUUAUUCGUGGAGUGGAGUCAGGAGAAGAGCUUGCAAUUGAAUACAAAAGUCGCAAGUCGCGUGAGUGUCCCUAUCUCUGGCUCUGUAUCUGUCCGUCUGUCCUUCUGUCCGUCUGUGUGCGAGUGAAAAGCAUUUUUAAGAGGAUAUCCAUUGCGAGGGUGUGCGUGUGUGUAUCGUGUCGGGUCAGUUGAGCGUUCAAGGACUUUUUCCAGUGCUGCGCCAACAACAAAAGCACCAACAAUAUGUGUGCAAUAAUACCAACAGCCACAACGAACGUGACAGAAACGUGCCCAUAGGAAAAGGCAUUGAAAAGCCCCAAGGAAAAUAUACAUGUAUAUUUGAGAAAUAUUUUAAGAAAAUAUUGCAGUCAAAUCCUUCCGCCCCAGAAGCUCCAAGUAAUCCUACUGCUCCAUUUGCUCUUCCAGGACGUGCAAAUGCAUUUCUGGAUAGACAAGCGGUCGCAGCAAUGCGGCUUCGGACGCUCUCGUGUUGCUGCCUCCCUCUCUCAUGCCGGGAGCGGACUCAGCUAUGGCCAUCCGCCCAGGCGCGCCAAGUCCUCCAGCUGCAGCACCAUGCCACCCGUGCACAGAUCCCUGCCACAGACGCCCUAUGACUGCCAUCAGCCGGGCACCAGUCGCCAGUCCCAGUCCCAGUCGCAGUCGCAGUCCCACUCCCAGUAUGCCAACAACAAUUCACUGCACGGCCAGCAGCACCAGCAGCAACAUCAGAUGAUGCAGCAACAUUCCACCAACAACAACAAUGUGAACAGCAGCCACAUGGCUGCCACAGGAACUCCAACUGCCAGCAACAACAUAACAAACAACAACGCGAGUGGCACUGCUUCUGCGGCGGCGGUCCUCACCGGAAGUGGAACCAUCGUGCCCCUAGUCGCGCGUGGCUCGCGUUAUCACCCCAGGACGCAGCAGCAGACGCAACACCAGUACAGCUAUCACCAUCCACAAUUCGGGAACAUGGUGCCUGUCAGACACCACGAUACACAUCAGCAGCACCAGCAGCAACAGCAGCAGCAACAGCUGCAACAGCAGCAACAUUCCGGCGUCUAUGCCGAUGAUGCAUACAGCGCCUAUCACCAUAAUCCCCAUCAGCAGCAGCAACAGCUGCAGCAUCACCACCAGCAGCACAUCAGCAGCAGUCACUCCCACAAUCAUCGACAAUCGGCCGCCUAUGCCACGCCGCGUCGCCACAACUCCAGCAGCAGCAUGAGGCAGCAGCCAGCAGCCGCGGCAACAUCCGUCAUAGCAGUAGCACCAGUGGCCAGUGCUCCCGCAACAUCCGCCCAGACGACGCACAGCAACCAGUUGCAACAGCAACAUCAUGCUCUCCUGCAACACGCAGACUCCCAACUGCUGCCCAGCCAUCUCAAGUGCGGCAUGUGUGCCUCCCUUGUGCUGGCGUCCGUGUUCGUGGCCGGCACCAAGUUUUACUUCGACCACCAGGGCACCGGUCUGGAGGUGCUGAUCUUCUGCGCCUUCUCGGCCACCUUCUUUCUGGCCGCCUGCAUGGUCAGCCUGUGCCGCAUCCCAAAAGGGCUGUUGUCGGGCCGUGGUGGGGCCAGGGCUACGGUGUGCCACAGCCGCGGGGUGAACGCCGCCAUUCCAGGAUCCAGUGCAUCUGCGGUCGCCAGCUGCCUGAUGGAGUUGAGCGAUGUGCGGUACCUGGAGGAGCGGCAGGUAACCACUGCGAGUGCGGCAACGGCCGGUCCGCCGCCCUACCAUAUAGCGAUCCUGCUGCCGGAGCAGACGGCCGCAAUGGGCAAGCAGAUGCCGCUGGAUGAGUCGCCGCCGCCGUCCUACGACAAGAUUCUAGUGUAGGCCAGUGGUAGCGAGAGGGCUUUGAGGGAUUUUGAGGAAUUGAGCCUCAGUUUGAUCGAAUCACGAACCCCGAACCCUGCUCCCUGCUCCCAGUCGCCCAGUGCCAAGUACUUGUGCUCAGUAUUUUUCUAAAACGAUAUCCCCUUUAUAUAAACAUAUACACGGCAUAGAUAUAUAUAUAUAUAUCAGAUAUACAUAUACUUAUUUAUGGAUAUGUACUUUUAAGCUCCGACUAAUAUUUUUACACUUUGACACAUUCUAAAUCCCGAACUAGGACCCGACACUGACCACGACCGCGACCCCGACCCGAACAAACAAACACUCUUUCGACCCAAAGAUGUCUUCUUCUACUGUCAUUUUUGUUCUGUGAUAUGCUCAAGAGAAAGAGAUCAAGCUAUAGCGAUCGAAGAGAUCGAAGUACCAUAUACUAUAUUACCCUUUAGCCACGAAACCAGAAACAAGAAACACGAAACAAGCAACAAACCAAAGCAACGACAAGAGGAAAUACUGUAGAAAUACUCGGUAGCAGGUGCCGUAGAUACUUACACAUCAAGCAGCAGCAGCAGUAUUAGUAGGAUUUUAAGUAAUUAAUUAACCAAUCAAAUUUAUCAAAUAUGGAAAGGGUGCGCAAUAUGCAGUACAUUAAUAAAUAAAGG